CAGUUGUAGUCUGGGAGGGACGGAGGUAGAGUUCUCAUUCAUUGUUGUCACUGCUUUCAUUCUUGUCACACUGGGAGUUGCCCUUGGGAGUUGAGCCAGUGGGAAGUCUGGGGAACCUUCCCUGAGUUUUGGCAGAGAUUCUGCAUUGGGAGGCGUGAAGAAUCUUAGGAGGAAGGUGGCAGGAGGAACUGGAGCCCAGAAGUGAAGGCUACAGAAUUGCAGUGGGAGGAGAUUGUGUGCUGUUUUACUAUGGCCUCCCUUGCUGCAGCAAAUGCAGAAUUUGGCUUCAACCUGCUCAGAGAGAUGGAUAACAGUCAAGGGAAUGAAAAUGUCUUCUUUUCCUUUUUGAGUAUCUUCACUGCUCUGAGCCUCAUCCGUUUGGGUUCUCGAGGUGAUUGUGCACAACAAAUUGAUAAGACGCUGUUGUUGACCACCUCAGGACACAGAAAUGUUUCUAAUAAUCAGUCAAGACUUCAGUUUCAACUGAAGAAUGUUCUCUGUGAUAUAAAUGCAUCCCACAAGGACUAUGAACUCAGGAUUGCCAAUGGUCUUUUUGCAGAAAAGGAGUUUGAUAUCAAUGAGACCUAUAUUGAAUGUGCUGAAAAACUGUACAAGGCCAGAGUGGAGCGAGUUGAUUUUACAAAUGAUAUAGAUGACACCACAUGUAAAAUUAACAAAUGGAUUGAAAAUGAGACACAUGGCAAAAUAAAAAAUGUGUUUAAUGAUAAUAGCAUCAGCUCGUCUGCUGUCAUGGUACUGGUGAAUGCUGUAUACUUCAAAGGCAAGUGGAAAUCAGCUUUCACCAAAAGGGACACUAUAAAGUGCCAUUUCAAAUCACCCAAGUGUUCUAAGCAAGUUGUUCCUAUGAUGCAUCAAGAACGGAGGUUCAAUCUGACCACAAUUCAGGAGCCGUCCAUGCAGGUGCUUCAGCUCAUAUAUCAUGGUGGGAUGAGCAUGUAUAUUCUGCUGCCUGAAAGUGACCUGUCACAAAUUGAAAGAAGCCUGUCCUUUAGGAAUCUAAUGAAAUGGACCAAUCCAAAAAAAAUGAAAUCUCAGUAUGUGGAGGUGUUUCUUCCUAAAUUCAAGAUAGACAAGAAGUAUGAGAUGAAAAACUAUUUGGAAGCUCUAGGGCUGAAAGAUAUCUUUGAUGAGUCCAAAGCUGAUCUCUCUGGAAUAGCUUCGGGAGGUCGUCUCUAUAUAUCGAAACUAAUGCACAGAUCAUAUAUAGAGGUCUCCGAGGAGGGUACGGAGGCAGCUGCAGCCACUGAAAAUAACAUUGUAGAAAAGCAACUUCCUGAGUCCACAGUGUUUAGAGCUGAUCGCCCUUUUUUAUUUGUCAUCAGAAAAAAUGACAUUAUCUUAUUUAGUGGCAAGGUUUCUUGCCCUUGAAAACACAGUUGGCUUCUAUUACUAUAAUCCUUACAGCAUUAAAGAAACAUCAGUAGUAAAUACUUUUGCUUAAUUACAGUCACAUGGUGUUUUCUUUGAGUUUUUCUUCCUUACAUUGGCCAGCAGAAGACACUGGUGAGUUGACCCUCUCAGACAUCUGGUUUACAGUCCUAAUUCCUACUCUUAGCAUUUCUACUGAAUUUUCUUCCCUGUUUCUAAUUUUAUUGGUUUUCAACACAUCCUCACGUCUACAAUUCUCCAUGGCCUAGCUAAGAAUUAUGCAUUCUGCUCUACUAGCAAUGCGAAUGUACAACUCUGCAGUUAUCAUAGCCAUUUUAGCCUUAUCAUAAGUGAUUUAGGAAAUAAACCCAGCUGCUUCCUAGAAAUUUGUGGGCUAACUUUUCCUUGCUAUCUAAAGAAGACAUUAGAGUUUACUCAUCUGAUUCUAAGUCAUUGUGCAAUAUAGAUGCUGAAAAAUUACAAAAUUGAGACUGAGAACUAAAAAAAAUUUCAUUAAUAAUUUCAAGUUGACAUCUUUGGGGCUUUCUUUGAUAAAAGUUACUAUGUACAUAGUUUUUUCAAAUACAAAACCAUCCAACGGUUCACAGUUGUUAUUUGCAGCAUGUUAUUAAUAUGCUGUGAAGUUUGUUAAGUUUUCCCUAUUUAUCAUAAUAAAAAAUACAACAAG